AUGAAUUACACCGCUAAAUUGAGGAGGAGGUGCCUAAAUUAUUAUGAAGUUGGGGUUCCUCUUAAAAAGAUCUAUGGUUGCUUGGUUGUGGAUAAUGGUGGUGUUGAAAACAUGCCAAAGGUUAAGGACCUCCAACAUGAGGUGUACAAGGAGAUGAGGCUUAAAAUCCAAGGUGGAGAUGCUGCAGCCAUGAUGAGGUACUUUGAAUACAUGCAACGGGACAACCAAAAUUUUUAUCAUGCUAUUCGGUUAGAUGAAGAGGGUCGAUUGAAAGACGUUAUGUGGGUUGAUGCUCAUAGCUGUGUUGCUUAUGAGGAAUUUGGUGAUGCAGUAUGCUUUGAUGCAACGUAUUUGACGAACGAGUACGAGUUGUCGUUGGCUAAUUUUGUGGGGGUCAACCAUCACGGCCAAUCCAUCCUGCUUGGAUGUGCACUUGUCUCUCAUGAAACCACAUAG